ACACACACACACACACACAGAGUGCAACUGGUGAUUCGUGAGAGACCCUGUUCCAGUGAGUUUCCAGGGACUGGUUUCCUCGGCGACGAGGGCGAACGAAGGUCGUGCAGGUCCGUGGAACCGAGCGUCGCGUCAUGGCUGCCACGAGGAUGGACUGGAAGAUUAGAUUAUACGCGAUCGUGUGGUUCCUGACAGUGGCAACGCUUCGAUGUCAGGCAACGAAUCACGAGAACAGCGAGGGGGAUGGAAACGCGGAGGACUCGGUGUUGGACGAGACAACGGAGGAUUAUUGGGCAGGAAGCGGAUCUGGCCCCGAGGACGACGACUCGAUUCACAACGAAACCAGAGAAGCGUUAACGCACGAGGCCAGCGACCACGACGCUGUUGUGUACGUCGGGGAAGGAGCGGCGUACGUACCGAUACCGUCGUUGAAAGGAAGACCCUUGAGCCCGAAUCUUCAAGCUCUUCAAACUCUUCAGGGUCUGCAAGGAAUAGCCGGCGGCGGUGGGACCGGGGUGGUCGGGGAUGAAGACUGGAAGAGGCAUCCAGAGACUUGGGAUCGCGAACACAGGAGAUACAGACCUAACACCACUCGAGUUCAACACAUCGAGGCGGAGUGCCAGGACGACUACAUGAAGAUCAGGAUCGGUUUCAACGGUUCGUUCGCCGGGCUGCUGUACUCGGCGGGCUACUCCUACGACCCGGACUGCAUGUACGUGAACGGAACUGGCCGCGACUACUACGAGUUCUACAUCCAGCUGAAUCGUUGCGGCACCCUCGGCGAGAACACUCAUCAUCAGGACAGCCGAAAGAAUCCUACGAAAAACCUGAUGUGGAACACGGUCACGGUGCAGUACAAUCCGCUGAUCGAGGAAGAGUUCGACGAGCACUUCAAAGUGACUUGCGAGUACGGCUACGACUUCUGGAAAACCGUCACAUUUCCGUUCCUCGACGUCGAAGUGGCGACGGGGAAUCCCGUAGUAUUCACCCUGCAGCCACCGGAGUGUUACAUGGAAAUCAGAUACGGUUACGGGACCACUGGAACUAGAGUGGCUGGACCAGUUCGCGUCGGCGAUCCCCUGACUCUCAUUAUCUACAUGCGCAGCAAAUACGAUGGUUUCGACAUCGUCGUGAACGACUGUUACGCCCACAACGGCGGGAACAAGAGAAUCCAGCUGAUCGAUCAGUACGGAUGUCCGGUGGAUGAUAAAUUGAUCAGCAGAUUCCGUGGAUCCUGGUCGGAGAGCGGUCUCUUCGAGACGCAGGUUUUCGCCUACAUGAAAACGUUCAGGUUCACCGGCUCGCCGGCUCUUUACAUCGAGUGCGACGUGAGAAUGUGCCACGGGAGAUGUCCGAGCCAACCGUGUCAUUGGAGGAACGCCAAAAACGUGGCCAAACGUUCGCUGCCGGAGAUCGCUGGCUCGUCGACGCCAGCCACGAGUUUGUCGGAGAACGUCAAUCUCUUCCAGUCGUUGCGCGUUCUUCAGGAAGGCGAGGCGGACACCGAGUUCUUCCAGAACUCCACCACAGCCUUCCGAAGUGGACCUAGUGAAUCGACGAACGACAGAGUAUGCCUGAGAUCGACGGUUCUCAGCACGAUCAUCGGAAUCGGUUGUGGCUUCGUUUGUCUAAUGGCAGGGACGAUAUUAGCAAUGUGCUCGAGAAUUCGGAGACAGGCUAGGGAAAAGCUUCUGUCCGAUAGCAUAAGUUACAUGACUCACAAGGGUAGGAUCAACUAACCGCGGCCUCUUCGACGUAACAUGCGAGUAUUUCCUCCUCUCCUUCUUCUUCGCGACGGCUCUGUCGAUACGAGUGUAUCGAGGGAAUCACCGAUCCUCUCAAUCGGUAACAAAGCGAGGACAAUCACCGUGUCUGUGAGACUCGAUCGGUAAUGGCGUUGGGCGCAGGCUCGAUCGGUAAAGUCAAUCGUUCGUGUUCUCAAUCGACGGUCGACAAAAGCGAAAAAAUUAUGCUCGCGAACGUACUCGACAAUUGUGCAUUUUGGUUUGUGUAAAGUGUGAGAUGGUUGUAAAAAGCGAGUAGUCAAAAAAAGAAAAAAAAAAAAAUAGUAAAAUUAGAAAAGUAUAGAACAAAGUAAAGAAUAUAUAUUGUGAUAAAUGUGAUUAGGCGUAGAUUUUUUAAUAUUUUCUUUUUUGUUUAAUAGUCAAUUAAUAGCCGUCGAUGAACUCGGUCGAACUCGCUCAUCACUUGUCAUUUUCAAUUGUGAUUUCUUCGUUCAUCGCGCGUACAAGUGAGUUGCCGUCCGUCGCUAACAACGAUCAAAGGUGAACUUGGUAGUCGAGGAUUUUGCCACGAUCUCUGUAUCGAACGCUCGACCGGGGAAAAAUAUUUGAUUUUUGAAUCUUUCCCGCUCGCGCGAACGUCGCUACACGAGAUCGAAACGAUUAGAUACGCGAUCAAAUGCCGUUUGAUGAGAUUCAGUACUUUAAGUCUAAUGUCUAAUAGCAUUACUCGCCAUAUUCAAAAACACAGAAAUCAUCGAGAUUUCUCGAGCAACAGCUGAACGAACGAAAGAGAAAUUGAAAAUAUAAAAGGAUCGAAAAGGUUUCCCCCCUUUUCGUGAAAAUGACAAUCAAAGCUUCUCAGUUUAUCGAAAUUCAAGCGAAUGCUACUUCACAGCUGUAUCUCCGAGAUAUGCAGUGACACAUUUUUAUAACUGAAGUUUCUGAAUGUUUGCGAAUAAUGCAUUAUCGUAUGAUAUAAACAUCGCUAUGCAAUAAACAGCUACAAUAUCUAGGUUUACACUUAUAUGCAUAAUGAUAUACUAUAGCAGCGUCCAAGUGAAUCUGGAUUUCCCCUUACUUUUUUUUUUUUUUCUUUCUUUCUUUCGUCAUAGACACUAUUCUUUUAUUUGUGUCUUCUUUUGAUUUUUUUUAUCUUUUUUUUUAAAUUCUCGAGAGGCAGGAGCAUCAAAGAAUUGCCACGAGCCAGCGAACGGCCAGCGAGGAUUAAAUAAUAUUUCGCAUUACACGCGAGAUGACGCCGCGCGUGUCAUCGGGGGAGCCAAAGAAACGUAGCUCAGCUCUCGUCUUGAUAAUUUAUUCUAGGGUCUUGCGGAAGCAUUUCCUCGGCGCGAAAACGCUGCACUUUCGUCAGUCUGUGAAAUAUUAAUUUCCCCUCCUGGUCGUAACGCGGAAACAUUUCACACGUUUUCGUGUACAUGUUCAUCAGAUACAUCCCCCCGUCCCGUUUACAAUCGACAAUUAGCAAACAGGAUCCACCUGCUCGAUCGAAUUACUUGUAAAUAUAGCAUUGUACGAUCCAUAAUAUUUAUGAUUAAGCUCGAGUGUAUCAAGGUUUCCAAUAAACUGUAGAAGAACUGUAUCUUUUGAACAGUU